CUCUUACGUAUUCUCAAACAUGAAACAUCCAGAUAAUUAGUAUUCAGGUAUAUAAUCGAGUAAUUUAGCCAUACUAAACAUAUACUUAGCAGCUACAAAAUCAAUAAUGCCAAUCAGCCGGAAAUUUUGGACGUGGGCCGUUGCCACGGCCAUUAUAGCCGUCCUGGUCGUCUUCGUCGGGCCAUCCAUCAUCGGACCGGAGAGCAUAGUGGGAUCUAAAAAUGUCCUAACCACGGCGAAGAUGAUCCCGCUUCCCGUUGAUGGACCAGAGAGUCUGGACUGGGAUCCACGAGGGGAAGGCCCAUACGUUGGCGUUACCGACGGUCGCAUACUCAAAUGGCGCGGUUCGGAUCUUGGCUGGGUAGAAUUCGCGUACUCGUCCCCCCACAGAGGGAACUGUUCAAGCCAUAAGGUGGAACCUGCGUGUGGAAGGCCUUUGGGACUGAGCUUCGAGAAAAAAACGGGAGACUUGUAUUUUUGUGACGGUUACUUUGGAGUAAUGAAGGUCGGACCUAAAGGAGGAUUGGCCGAGAAGGUCGUCGACGAGGUCGAAGGUCAGAAAAUUAUGUUCGCCAAUCAAAUGGAUAUAGACGAAGAAGAGGAUGUUUUCUACUUCAACGAUAGUAGCGACACCUACCACUUCGGGGACGUAUUCUUUGCGUUUCUGUGUGGUGAAAAGACAGGAAGAGCGAUUCGAUACGACAAAAAGUCAAAAGAGGCCAAAGUUAUAAUGGACCGUCUUCAUUUCCCUAAUGGUCUUGCCAUAAGCAAGGAUGGUUCGUUCGUGCUUUCCUGUGAGGUCCCAACGCAACUUGUGCAUCGAUACUGGGCCAAGGGGCCUAAAUCUGGGACCCGUGACGUAUUCGCAAAGCUUCCUGGCUACGCGGAUAACAUCAGGAGGACUGAGAAAGGGGAUUUCUGGGUUGCCUUGCAUUCCAAGAGAACCCCAUUUUCUAGGUUUUCGUUGAUGCAUCCCUGGAUUGGGAAAUUUUUCAUGAAAACCUUGAAGAUGGAUCUUUUAGUUUUCCUUUUUGAAGGAGGAAAGCCUCAUGCGGUGGCCGUGAAACUCUGUGGCAAGACCGGUAAGGUUUUGGAGGUUCUUGAGGAUAGUGAAGGGAAGAAUAUGAAGUUCAUAAGUGAGGUUCAAGAGAGAGAUGGUAAGCUUUGGUUUGGGUCAGUUUUUCUGCCUUCCGUUUGGGUUCUUGAGCAUCAGUAAUUUAUACGAUUAUGGUGUUUUAAAGUGUAUUUUAUAGCAAAAAAUAAGUGUUUUAAGUUGCACCGUGAUUAAGAGAUCUUUCUUUUGCUAUUACAUCAUUUUCUCAUGUGGAUUUGAUAACAAUCAAGAGUUCUAAAGUAUUUGCAUGUAAACUGUCCUUCAAGACUCUUGAUCUUAUAAUUUACUGCAUUGUUGGCUU